AUGUUGAGAUCUUGCAGAACUGGCCUCCACAUGUUCCCACAAGAACAUGAGCACCCACCGUGUCAGCACUGGCCGGGCUGGGUUGUCAAGCGGCCUCAGAAUAUGCUACGCAAGCUCACCUGUCAGAGACCCCGUCCCCCUUGCCUCCUCCUCCAUCUGCAGUCAGGCAGGGCCUGCCUGGGCCAGAUUCAGCCUCCUAAAGGAAACACCCAGUUCCCCCGAGUAAGGGCCAUGGCAUCUGCAGGGCAAGUCUCUCCAGCCAUCAGAAGCCCCUGGGCAGGUGAGACCAGCCAGCACCAUCAGGGGAAAAGACCCAGCUCAGAUAGAAGGCCAUUUCGACAGAAAUUCCAGGGGCCCCAGCAAGGAGGGACAAGCCAUGACUUCCAGCAGAGCCCUCCGGAAAGGACAGGCGGCGGGGACAGGAGGGAGAAAGUGCGUGUUGUCAGGGAGGGGACCCCACUGGUGCCUCUGCUGGGAUGA